UUCAUGUUUUUUUACAUGAUCUCUAUAGACAGGACUAUCGGAGGGGCCCGGCAGGAGGAGACUCCCCCUCCAAGGCCGGCCACUAUCAGAGCCAUUAACGGUUCUCCCUUAGAUGUUGAGGCGCUUCAUGCUGACAGUUCCUGGCAAAGGAGGCAGAGCACCCAGAGCUACAGGGAAGCUCUGAGGCAGCAGGUUACAGAAAAAGAAGAGUGCACAAGAAAGGAGAACGAGGAGAAGAGGCGAGAUGCUGCCCGGCUGGAGGCUGAGCUGGUGGUGUAUGACCCCUGGGGGAAAGGCGGAGGAGGAGCCCCAAUUAAAGACAAACAUGGAAACCUUGUUAGCAACCUGUAUCACAUGCACAGGAUCAAUAACAACAGAAUGACGUCUCAGGGAGCCGAGGCGCCAGUUUCUCAGCAAGAGCCGAGUCGUCAGUCGCCUGUGCAGCAGAACAGGUACAAGGAGGAACUCAAGCAACAGAUGGAGGAGCACAGGAGAAAGCAGGCGGAGGAGCGAGAGCGUGUAAGGCUCACCGAGGAGGAGGAGGAGAAGAGGCUGGCCAUGGAGCGGGCCCGCAUACAGCAGGAAUACGAGGAAGAGCAGAGGAGAGAAAAAAACGUCAGGAAUAAAUGGAAACCGAGAAAUCAAGGCGAAACCCGCGAGACCCAAGAGGUUUUCAGCAAGACGCAGAAAAAACAGGUUGCACCUCAGAGUGCCCGUCAAAAGGAGCGAUCGCCGUCUCCUCCUAUUCCGACCUGUCAGAGCAAGCAUUUAAAUAAACCAUCAAGGCCUUCCUCAGUUGCCAUUCCACUUGAAUCAGGGACUGAGUGCACUGGAUCUUCCCCAAAGCCCCAACCAGUCCCGGAGAGGAAGCCUCCGAUACCUGCAGGUCAACAGGAAGUGAUCAGAGAGCUGUCAGCCCUGCGUAACUUUCUGAGGAGGGAACAGAGAGAGCUGGAGCUUGAGCUGGGCCAGACGAAGGAAACUCGCCACGCUCACCUGAACAAGUAUUAAAGAGAUGAUCCAGAUCCUGAUGCCUUCACAUCUCCCAACCAAGAAUCUGCUGAAGUGUUAACCAUGAAUCCUUGCAUUGCUGAACAGAAACACCCCAUGGAACCAGCUUAUAUACAGAGCACAAGUGAUGGACAAGCGCACGUACUCUGGCGAUACAGCGGGAGGCUCCGUCUCUUCGACUCCUCGUCUUCCUUGUCUUCCUCACAGCCCUGGCAGCAAACCCGGGUUGAAUGUUGGGGGAAGAAAAAUACUCCCCAUGUGGAUGGAGGUUGGCUGCGUCACAAAAACGUCCCGUCAUCCAGCUCCCCAUGAGCCGGACUCCACGGUGCAUUCACACCAAGUGGGGCUUGAAAGCUUUAUGUUUUAAAAGCUGAAGAUGAGAUUCAUGGAGGCUUUUUUUUUUUUUUUUAAAGAAACCCUCUAGAAACAUCCACUUACAGUUUGUUCAGCAUGCAUUCUCUUUGGUUCUGCAGGAUAAUUUAACCCUAAAGCUUCUGUAUAUGCAAACAGAAUUAUUUUCAUUCAUGCAUUGAAAUAAACGUUUAGAGUAAAUCUGA